AUGUACGCUCGUUAUCUCUCUCUGACCGCCGGGGCGUGUCUUGUAUCACUCGCUACUGCUCAAGGCACUGUUUCCUUGACGAUAUCUGCCCGACCUCCCGAAGGCGCAUCCGAUUUCAUCAGUCCUGCGUUUGCCGGAUUUGGCAUUGAGCCCUCCAAUCUGUUUUCCUUUACCGGUGGCGCCGAGGAGAAUGAACUGUCCAAAAACCUGAUAGAGAACUUGGCCAAUUAUACAGGCACCCCUCCGCACAUGCGCAUUGGUGGAAACACUCAGGACUACUUUAUUUGGAACGAGGACCAAGACGAGUACAUUUGGUACAACAAUGCCUCCGAGGCUGUGGGUCAGGGAGCAUAUCCCUCGGAUCAUAUGGUGAUUGGACCACGUUAUUUCGAGGUCAUGAACCGAUGGCCCAGCAACACUCCAAUCACCUUUGGUCUGAACCUGGCAUACAGCGAGCCGGAUUACCUUGACCAGAUUGUCAUCAUGGCCCACCAGGUGUUUAAUCGCCUGACCAAUCUCAACGUGGUGUCGUUGGAAAUAGGCAACGAGCCUGAUCUAUACCUCGAGAACGGCUUUCGAUCGGGAGAAUGGGGCGGCAAUAUCUAUACCCAGCAGUGGUUAAACCGUGCCGAAGCCGUUUGGCAAGAAGUGCUUCGGCCUCGAGGCAUCCCUAGCAACAUCUUCGAGCCUGGUACAACGGCGUCGACGAUCGGAACGUCAUUUGAGCUCAAUGAUCUCGACUCGUUUGGCAUCACCGUCACAGCCAACGACUCCAGCAAGCCUUAUAUCGCCGCGUGGAAUCAACAUGAUUACUACUACUACAUUGGGGUGUCUACCUACCCUCUGACACAAUACCAUUUCAUGACCCUGUCGACCACCAACGACCAGUUUGCUCAUUGGGAGGAGCAAGUUCUUCAAGCGUUAGCUACGCCUUACCCAUACCAUCUCCGAGAGAUGGGCGUUGUUGGCCCAAUUGGACUCAACGAUAUCACCGACGUAUUUGGGGCUUCACUAUGGGCAUUGAAUUUCUUCCUCUAUGCCGCCACGUUGAACAUCUCAUCGGUGCAAAUGCACAUGACCGACAACAGCAAUGCUAGUGCAUGGCAGCCAAUCCGGUUCUACGGGAAAGAUCCAUUCGUUCGACCUAACUAUUACGCUUAUGCGGCAUUUGACCAGUUGAUCGGACCAACAUGCCAGGCACAAAUCAGCGGCUCUGUCCUCACAAAUGCCCCGGAGCCAUACGGAGGACGCAGUGCCGUAUAUCAGAUCUACCAAGACAGCACGAUCUCGUCUAUAGUUCUGAUCAAUUCGAACGAGGCCAAUGUAUCGAUGACGGACAAGCCAAGCUUGACCUUUGAGUUGACAUUGCCGACGGAAUUCGCUGGCGAAGAGGUGCAUCUUGCAUAUCUCACCAACGAAGGAGCAGAUGCCAAAUCCGGCACGACGUGGAAUGGAAUCAGCUACGAAGAAAGCGGCAAUGGCCUACCGACCAGAGUCAACGACACUCAGGCCACCGCCCGAGUUGGAGACGAUGGGGUAUUAUCGGUCCUCGUCAGAGAUACCCAAGCCAUUGUCGUCAGCCUCAGCGGGCCUGUCGGCCAGCUGGAGGCAAACCCCAGUGCGUGCCAGGCUUUGUUGGAGAAACAACCCAAUGCUCGACCGGCCGAAACGCCCGUUGGCACAAACACUGCUGAUGGAACAUCGACAAGCGAUUCCAGCAGUCACACAAAUGCCGCAUCCAGUGCCACCGCCGCAAGUCCGAGUAAUGGAAUGACCAGGCUAUCGACCGUUAUCCUCGGCACUCUUGUUUCAGCCUUGUUGAGCGGAUGCUGGUUGGUCUUGUGA